UCUGCUGUUGGAUGUAAACAUUGCUUGUUUGACAGUUCUGUACUUCGUGACAACAGCUCCAAGUUGACUGAAACUAUGGCAGAAACAGCUCCUGCUCCCGCGGCUGCUCCGGCUAAAUCCCAGAAGAAGAAGGCGGCAAAAGCGAAAAAGCCUGGACCAGGUGUGUCGGACCUGAUCGUGAAGGCCGUUGCUGCUUCCAACGAGCGCAAAGGAGUUUCCCUGGCUGCGCUGAAGAAGGCUUUGGCAGGUGGUGGAUAUGACGUUGAGAAAAACAACUCUCGCGUCAAGAUUGCCUUGAAAUCUCUCGUGAAAAAGGGGACGCUUGUUCAAACUAAAGGCACCGGAGCGUCCGGAUCUUUCAAGGUGAGCAAGACACCAACAGCCAAAAAACCGACGAAGAAAGUUGUGGUGAAACCGAAGAAACCCGUGGUGAAGAAAGCAGCGGCCAAGGCGGCGAAGCCGAAGAAGGCAGCAGUAAAGAAACCUGCGGCGAAGAAGGCUCCCAAGAAAGUGAAAAAACCGGCAGCGGCCAAGAAAGUCGCCAAAAGCCCGAAGAAGGUGAAGAAACCGGCUGUGAAGAAAGUUGCAAAGAGUCCUAAGAAGGUCAAAGCAGCGAAGCCUAAAGCUGCAAAGCCCAAGGCUGCCAAGGCGAAAAAGGCCGCCGCCAAGAAGAAGUAGACUGACAGACUUCACUCCAUAAACUCAAAGGCUCUUGUAAGAGCCACCACAUCUUCAGAAAAGUGCAAAUAUUCCCAGUGCAUGAAUGAAGGCUAACGCCUUUUUGAAGACUCAGACUUAAAAUGCUUCAUAGGUGGUACGUGAUACCAUGUUUUGAGCUGUCUUGUUAGAGCUAUUUGAGUCAAAUUGCUCUAAAAAUUACCAGCAGCACAGUGCUUUGAUUGUGAAAGACUUUUAUCAAGAAAGGUUUGUAUAAACAUGUCAGUCUCUCUAUAACUGACUCACAAAGCCGAUUACUUUGUGUAGAUUUCAAUCCUCCAGAGUUUAGACAGAAGAGUCUGCUGGUUGGUUAAGUGUCCAAAAUGUGUAUACUUCAACAAAGUUCAGUUUGUCCAGAGAUCAUCAUGUGUGGUACCUGUGUGUUGUUUGGAUAUUUUUUUAAUCACUAAUAGAUUUUUUAUUUUAUUAUUAUUAUUUUUAAUGAUUAUUUCUGUUACAUUUUGCAAUACAGAACAAACAUUUAAUUUAUUAAUUCUUUUUGACGGUUUGUUGAUGUUGGGAAUGUUACUAAAGAAAUAUAGGCUACAUUCCAACUGUAAAAAUGCUUGCAUUUUUGUUAGUUUGUUUUCUGUUUGUAUCCCAUUGUCCCUUAUUCAUAAACAUCUGUUUUGUUUUGCUAUUAAACAAAAUACAGUACAUUACUCGUUUAUCUUUGACAAUUAAAGUACAUUUACAUCA